GCAACAUACUUCGAAGCAAGGCCGUUCAUCCGACCUCGGCGCUGGAUGCUCACCCUGGAGUUCGUAAUCCUUUUCGGCGCCAUCUCUCAACACCUACCUCUCUGCGUAAUUGGAAUCUGGGAUUGGGCCAGCUCUUCCAUUUGGCUACAAAAUGAUGUUACAGAUCCUCAGCUCCAGGUAUUUCUGAGAAGCACCUGGUACAUAUCGAUCGUAGCGGCCAUGGUUGUCCUUGUCAUCGUCACGAUCUUCUCGGGCGAGUGUUUGGGGCCGGUCUUCCUCGGCCAUCCGUUGGUUCUGGAUGUGGUGUUGACGACCUCUGAAGCGGUCCUCUUCUCCUCAGUGACGGUGGCUUACGCGAGCAAUAUCGGACGCUCGUCGAGUGAUGGAUCUGACUGGGUCUCGUUGAUCGUCCCCGUGCUCAUGCUCGAGACGGGAUUUGUAUUUAUCGCGUGCGUCGUCCGGACGGGCACCGCGUACUACGAGCUGCGGACCUGGAAUCGCACGCGGAAUCAACGCGCGGGAGCAGGGGAUGGAAGCCCUAUGUCGUUGGGAGACAUGGAGGAUGUCGAGGAGCCGCUGCUCCAGGCGUACCGGGACCAAGAAGGAAGCGGUGAACUUGUUCUUGAGCCUACCGUGCGAGUACACCCUCGCCUGCACCACCUCCGCGACAGCGUCCUGCUCGUGAUCAUCUGGCCCCUCGCGUGUAUAAGCCUCGUCGACGUACUGUUUGCUAUCUUUGAUGUGUCUCUCCCUAAACCGAGAGGGUAA